AUGGGACGUCAAAACGCGGCGUCUCUGCUGGGCUGCAGCGUGAGUUUUCAAAGACUUUCUUCAAACUUAGCACUUGGUUACUUCGGAGGAGGCGGGGGAGGGGGCGCGGGGCCAACGCAGAGAUCUCGGGUCGUCCGCACACCAAGAGGGGAGCGAGGCCGCUCCCCAGCCCCGCCCACCUGCCGGGGACCCAGGAAGCGGGGGCCCCUGCCGGGGCCGCUCACCAUCUACCUCGCGCCCUCACACAGACCCGCGCGGGGCAGCCAACCUGCAAAACAGAGCGGCACAGGAAUUACUCGCCGGGCCGAGCGGCUGGUUUCACUUUAUUGCACAGACACUUUGUUGGCAAAGCCCUACGCGUUCCCGAGACACUACCUCGCCCGGGACCGCGCCGAGGGGCCGCAAGGGGGAGCCGGGCAAUGGCAGCACGAGCCGGGGGUUACCUCCGUGCGCCCCCGCCCUCCUCCGCCCCCUGCACCCCGCCCUCACCGCCCGCCCGCCCCGCCCCGGUGGCGCGCUAACUCCAGGGCUUGGCUGGCAAACGCCGCGCAGAGCGAGGCGAAGACAGCGAACGCUGCGCCAGAGCCCCGUCCACAGAGAGGGACGCCGGUCCUGAGGCCGCCCCGGGGUCCCCGCCCUUCCCUCGCCCUUUCGGCGCCCGGCAGGGAGUGGCAGAGAGGAGGCGAGGUGCUGGAGAACCGGUUCCCUCUCUCUCUCCCGCGCGCCACCCGGCUCGGCGGCCCGGCUGUGGGCUCGAGGAUUCCGGAGCCGCGGGCUGGAGUGGAGGGGGCCCCCGGCCCCUCUCGCGGCGCCGCGGGCCCCAGCGUCUUCUUUCACCGCGCCGCCACCUGCAGACCGACGCCGCGGGCGGCUCGUGCUGGCACAGGCUACUUUGCCGAGCGCAGGAGCAGCUCUAGGGACAGUCUGGUGGAAAACGUGGCCACAGACCCCUGCCCUCAAUUUCUGUCUCACAUACCGCUGAAGGAACCUUCUGGGGUUUCCCCGGAUUGUUCGUACUGGCGAAGCCCGUUUCCCGGCCGAACAAACUUCUCAAACCCGUGUGCCUGUGUGGACUUUUCAAAGCGCCCAAAAUAUGUUUUCGCCCCAACCCUGAGCAAGGCAAUUCAUGUAAGUGGCACCUCCUUCUGA